AUGGCCGACGAGCCGUACAGCGCGACGAGCGCGGCGGCGACCGACGCGGGCGCCCCGCACCCCGCGACCGAGGUCGAGGUGAUGACGCAGCGCAUCGAGGACCAGGUCACGAACCUCGUAGGAAGCUUUUCGGCGUGGUGGGGCGGCGUGAACCGCCAGUCGCAGACGGCACUCCAGGACGCACGUACCUACAUUGAGAAACAGGGCGGCGUGCUUGCUACUGCAAAGCAGAGCAUUGCGCAGCUCGAGGCGUCUAUGGAGAAGGCGAGCCAGGAUGCGCGCGCAAAGGGGCGGGACGGUGCACCGCCGGCCGACGACGGCGAGCCGUUCGAGCUGCCGGACGACGAGGCGCCCAAGGACAAGGGCAAGGGCGUCGAGCGCGACGCGCCCGCAGCCGAGACCGAAGCACAGACACUUGCUUCGCUAGGCACGAGCGCGUGGACGUCGCUCCAGCGACUUGCGCACCUUCCUCAGGUCGCACACGUCCAAGAGCAGCUCUCCCACGCCCUGCACACCGCCGAGGGGCAAACCGGACCGACGCUCCAGCGCGCGAUGCACGACGCCGAGGCACUCAUGACCAAGUACAUGCACGACGGCGAGGCACUCGCACGCGACGUCGGCAAGGACUUACGUGGACUUAUGGACGACAUUGUCAAGAUUGUGCCACCCGAAGAGGCGGAGCGCGUCGCGGCUGACACACCCCAAUCCGUUCCGCAGGAGAGGGCAGAGGAGGCCAAGACCGACGUACCGCACGCGCUGGGCGACGCCGACGACUUUGCGUGGGACGACGACGAGGAGCCCGAAGCGGUGCAGCCGGCCGAUCCUCAGGCGGCGCAGCCUGCGGGCGCCGCCGCGCCUGCCGCGCCGCCGGCUGAACCCACGGUGGCUGCCGCCGCCCCUGUGCCGCACCCCGCGCCUGCCCCGAGCACGGCGCCGGCCCCGAGCACGGCUGCGCCCCAGACCGAGCACGACUCCGACUCGGACUGGGAAUAG